AUGGCGAUCGCCGACGUCGCACUAUCGCCGGAUAUGGUAGAGGGAAGAAGGCUAGCAAUGGAAGUGUUGUUCGGAGAAAGUCCUAUUUCUGGUGGCGAGGAAGAGGAUAUGGCGAUGCAAAGCGACGACGAUCAGGUGUAUAAAGUUGUCCCAGAUGACAAAUCGACAUGGAAGCAUUUGAGAUUUGAAAAUAGGGAAGCAUUUGUCAAGUUCUACAAAGACUUCGCACACUGGAGGAGUUUUGGAGUAAGACGUAUUGGACAACAGACUCGAAAACCCAAAUAUCUUAAAGGAACGGAAGGUGUUUUACUUUGGAGCACGGUGCAACAAAGAAGGGUUCAAAACAGGGAGCACGCUGGAUCCAAAGAAUGUCGGUGA